CUCUUUUCCUCUUUUAUUUCCUUCGUCUUUUCAGCAGACACUCGACUCUUUGUGUCCCCUUCAACCUCGAUCCAAUUGAGCUCAUUUAUAGACUGACUUUCCGACCAUGGCGUUCUCCCCACCCACAAUUGGUCAACCCCAUUCGGCGUUAUCAACCCCUCGGUGUUUGCUACCCUGUCUGCCUCCUGUUCACCAAUGCUCGCCAAUCGACAGCGCCUCGAAUCGCCAAGUGCUGACAGGAUCAAGUCAGUGAUGGGGGGGGUGGUUGCCUGAUUCUCCCAUCAGAGACAAGAUACAGAAGUACAGCCAAAACCGACACACAAGUCCCAAGCUCCAUCUUGUUCCAUCUUCUCCUUCGUCUUCAUCCUUGUUGUUGUCUUGGUUGCUAAUGACAAGAUGCCUCGCAAACCAGUCCUCCAAAGUCGACUGGCAUGCGACCGAUGCCAUUCCCAGAAACUGCGAUGUCCACGACAAGACAACUACAGGACCACGAAGGACGGAACAUCAGAACAGCCAGCGCCAUGUGUCCGCUGUGAGCGCGCUAAAGUGGCCUGCGUCUUUAGCCCACGCCAGCGCCGAACCGUGAUUCCAAAGUUGGCUGGUGCUUCCAAACCACCACCACCACCAAAUCACGACAUUGCCAACAACGCCGAUGCUACGCCUGCCUCCACAGGCCCGGCGUUAACACAGACAGCUCCAACAGUAGUCGAGAAUGGAAAAGACAAUUCCGUGGAGGUGGAGAGUGCGCCGUGUACACUGGAGAACCCGCUACCCACCACUACUGCCACACCCACCGGCACUCAACUCUUCAAUGUCACCGAUCUGGGCCAAGACUUCUAUGGUUCCUCAUACUUUGAAAACAACCAGUUCCACUUGCAACAGCCCUCAAGCGGUUCAUGUUCCAAUCCGUCAACUACCUGCACCGACCUCUGCCCUCUCUCGCUGGACACCACCACAGCCAUAGACUGGGACAACCUCCUCCUCUGCGACCCUCUUCUCCCACCCUCUCGAGGCUGGUCACUCCUGGAUAUCGACAAAUCUCUCCUUCCCCCUCCGGCUCCCGACCCAUUCUUCCCUCCUCAUGGCCCUCCACUUCCACUAAACCUCAUGAGCUCCACUUCCAACAGCGAUAUUGACCCCAUCCUCUUUCACCCCUCUGCCAACCCUUCGGUCGACUACUCCAACCCGCAAGCCCUCACUCCCUACUCCCCCGUCCGCCAACUAGCCAACCUCAACGUCUCCUUGUACGAACACCUUUGCGUCAUCCCACAGAUCUACAGCAAUUGCGGCUUGCCACCCCUUACCCCCGUCGUCCGCGUCGAUCUUCUCGAGAAGCGGCUGCUCGCAAUCGACCACACCUUUCAACUGACCCAAGAACUCAUCGACAUCGUCGGCAAACUCUACCCGCGCUCCGGCCCAGGAGUACUAUCCGGUGACGACGCUCCUGAUGUGCCUAAAACGGGAACGGGCAUGCCGCUGGGCCAAGACCAAGCCACCAUCCUCUUGCUUCUGUCGUGUGCGCAGAGGGUAUGUGACGUCUACGACUUGUCGCUGAGCCAGAUGCGCAAAUGCCUCAAGAAGAACUCGGUUCCCCACUUUGAUGAAGAGUUGAAGCCGGUGAGGCUGCCCCCGUUUAGAAUUUCGGCGGUGUGUGCGCCCCCGACGGAUAGGGCGGUUGCCUUGCAUAUGUGCAUGGUGAUGAUGAUGGCGAGUAACCUAUUUGAUCAGCUGCAAGAGGUUCUUGGGUUGUGGAGGCAUAGUAGUGGACAGGAGCAACAACAACAUUCUGAGCUUGAGAUGCAGGUGGACCUGCAGUAUCCGGACUUUGGGAGGGAGGCGAAGGAGAAGAUGGGGAAGAAAGCGAGGGACGUGGCCAUGGAGAUUGUGACCAUAAGGCAAAUCAUUGUGUCUUUUUCGGGCCUUGGAAUGGAGGAUACGAGACAGGCAGUUUUGGAGUUGGAGUCGGGUGGCGGUGGUGGGGUGAAGAAGGCAAUAGGGGAGGUACGGAGUCUUGCGCUGGAAGGCUGCUGUUCGCAAAGUUUGGGUGAGGAGUGUUAUUGAGGGUUGACAAAGGGCUUGUAAUACUUGACGAAUCUCUUCUUCUCAUGGUGUACAACAGAUUAGACCUGCCGCAACUCAUCUUCAUCUCUCAUUAAACCACAACUCACUCACUCCAACACCUCUUUGCGAAAUCCAACACCUCCCCAUUAAAC